AUGCAGAAAAAUGAAGAGGCAAUAGCAUCCGGUGGUACUAAAAGGUUGUUAUUUUCAUCUGGCUCACAAAUCAACAAACAUUUUAAUCUGAAUCAAUUGAUAAGCUCUGGUGGCUUCGGACAGGUAUAUUCUGGCACAAAUAUUAAUACAGGUAAAGUGGUCGCCAUAAAAGCUGAGUCGAUUGAUGCCAAGAUUCCAUUGUUACGCAUAGAAGCAACCUGUUUGGAAGCACUCAACCAUACCAUCAGGCAAAAUUACCGGAAACCUCCCAAAGAGCCAAUACCAAAUUAUUAUGGAUACGGUGAAACACAUAACGUUCGAUAUAUGAUAAUGGAUUUGUGUGGAAAAAAUAUUCGUGAAUUGAAGAAAAGCACAAAAGAAGAUUGCUUCACCAUAGUUACAUCACUUUGGCUUAUGAAGAAAAUGAUUUUGGCACUUAAAUUUUUGCAUCGCCUGGGAUGGAUUCAUCGAGAUGUGAAACCUGCAAAUUUCUGUGUUGGAAUGCAAUUGCAAGGAAGGCAGGAGCUGUACCUCGUUGAUUUUGGUAUGGCACGUCAUUUUGUGGCACGCAACGGUGUCAUCAAAACAAGACGAGAGUCGAGUGCAUUCCAUGGUACCGUCCGCUAUGCAUCCCUUACGACACAUCGACAUCAGGAUAUGUCGCGUUAUGACGAUCUUUGGUCUGUUUAUUAUAUCACCGUGGAAAAUAUGGUUGGACAGUUGCCUUGGCGUUAUGUGAACGAAAAAGCUGAAGUAGAAAAAAUGAAGGAAAACAUAGAUUUACUGAGACAGAAGUAUGGAAUGGAAGCAAAUCCACCAGCAUCACUGGUGGUGCUUCAUCGUCAUCUUUGUCGUGCCAGUUUCUAUCAUGAACCAGAAUAUCAUCACAUCGUUCAAGAAAUCGACCUUGAUUUAACUCAACGAAAUUUCAAUGCAGACAGUCGCUUAGAUUGGCAACCAAUACAGAAGUCUUGCCAACGCUUCUCUCCCAACGAUUUUGAAGCAAGAAAUCAUCGCGAACUAUUAGCAACAUGUGACCACAACACUGCCAAUCAUAAUCACAACCGUGCUAACUUAAAUCAUAGCAAUGCUGGAAUAGCAGAAAAUGAUGACCGUUCCUACUAUUUUAUGCAGUCAGGCGAUAAUUUCUGA